GUAUUUUCAUGAAGUUCAACGUGUUGUCAGUCUUGUGUUAUGAUUUGAAUUGGAUGUGUGUGAAGAGUAUCAAAGACGAGGAUAGUUGCAUUGCGAAGGAGUUGGUACUCAAGGUUGUGGGAAUGUGUGGCGAUGAAUGAAUUUUUUAACGCAGCGGCCUCUUACUGGAACGUGGAAAAGGAUCAAAGCAGUUAACUGAAAUCCACGAUAGAAGUCAUGAAGUACUUCACGGAAUUAUUGGGCCUGAACUUUCAGCCGUUUGACCGAGUGGCCUAAAUUUUUCCAUCUGCCCCCUCGAGGGCGACUGGUUGCAAAUGUCACAUAUUUCGUGCUUCCCGGUUUUGCUUCGAGUGAAAAAUCGUCUACCUAAAUCAAGCCUCAUUUAUUUACACACAUCCUUCAAUAAACAGAGUAGCAGAAAAGUGAGUGAGUGAACGCGCAGUUAAAUUAAUGAGCCACACGCCACAGUGACAAGUGCCUUGGAGAUUGAAGUCCUUCCUGUGUGAUAGCCAAUGAGGUGAUAAAGCACAUAAAAACCUAGUACAUAUGCUGUGUAAGCAAACCAAAAUUUCUGCUUCGAAACUCGCUUUGUACCAGUAUUUUUCUAUGCGGACUGCUCUGAAUCACGUGGCUGCUUAUAGUUUUUUUUAUUACCGCUCAGGUUCGUGUGUCGCUUUGUGUGUUCAAUCAUUGUGAUAAUUGCGUCGCAUUUGUUUGUUCAUGAUGGUUUACAAACCACCAGGAACCUCCUUCUCCUCGACGGAGGACACGUCUGGAAAGAGCCUAACGCCUCGGGCGCGUCGUCAGUCUCCACAAUUUCAUGGUGGAUCAUUUCGUAGUGGAGUUCACGAUUCGAAGUCGGUGUCGAAUCUGAAUAACCAGUGGGAUAAUCUUGGCUCUAUGCGUGGCCGAAGUGUACGAGGAAGCACAAGUGAAAACUUUACCAAUGUUAAGAAAGUGAACAAUAAUCUAAAAACAGAUAGCUCCAAUGUUCGAAUGAAACGGUCCAGUAGUUUAAAUAAUAAAAACAACCGAUCCAGCAGUGUGGAAAGAAUGAAUAAUGGAAAAAUUUACCGAGGACGAAGUCCGUUGCGGAACUCUACCUCGCACCUUCAGCAGCAACAACAGGUUAAAAAUCAGCCGAUACUGGUACGCUCCCGAGGAAUUGAUCGUGGAAGCAUUGACAAUUUGGACAAUAUCACGCAGUCUUCGAAUGGAAGCGGCAGCUCCAUUCCAGGAACACCCGAAGACAACAUAAACGUCGUGGUGCGUGUUCGACCAUUGAAUGCGAGAGAGAUACGCAACGGUGACGACAUGGUGGUGCAAUUUCCUGGAAAUGGUCAAAUACUGUGCGAAGGCAUUCCAGCAGUGCCUGGAAGUGGAGGCCAAAAGCCUAAACUUUUCUCCUACAAUGUUGUCUUCGAGCCGGGUUCUACGCAGGACGAUGUUUUGCAGUACUCGGGAAUCAAACGGCUUAUCGAGAUGGCAAUCGAGGGUUUUAGUUGUACGGCAUUCUGUUACGGCCAAACUGGGUCUGGAAAGACACACACGCUUACGGGACCACCUGAAUUGUUUUAUGGCAAGCCAGAUCCACAACAUGGAGGCCACGGGUUGGUGUUCCGAUCUUUCCUCUAUCUGUUCAAGCUGUUGCAGGAACGAAAAGACACCAAUUUUGUUCUAAAGGCUUCAUUCUUGGAAAUCUACAAUGAGAAGGUGAUUGAUCUACUUAAUCCAGGAACCGCUCGAAAGCCGUUAGCUGUUCGCUGGUCGAAAAAGUCACGCGGAUUCUUCGUGGAAAAUCUUUUCACUGUUGAUUGUGAAGAACUGGAUGAUUUGUUAGCAGUACUGGAAGAAGGUAUGCGAAAUCGUUCGGUUGGGUGCCAUUCGAUGAAUGAUUACUCGUCCCGCAGUCACACAAUCCUAACGGUGCAUAUAACCUCGGAACAACAGGCUGAAGGUGGUGUGUUCAUAUCGAAGCAGGGUAAAAUCAACUUCGUCGAUUUGGCUGGCAGCGAAAUGACCAAGAAAACUCACAGCGAAGGCAAAACUUUGGAAGAAGCCAAUAACAUUAACAAGAGCCUAAUGGUUUUAGGUUACUGUAUAGCAUCCUUAAGUGAUACAAAGAAAAGAAGCGGACAUAUACCUUACAGGGAUAGCAAAUUGACCAAACUUCUGGCGGAUAGUCUGGCAGGAAAUGGAGUAACUUUGAUGAUUGCUUGCAUUUCACCAGCCCGUUCAAAUAUCACCGAAACUCUGAACACGCUUCGUUAUGCGGCUCGCGCGAAGAAAAUACGCACCAAACCGAUAAUUGUUAUGGAUCCGCGUGAGGCACUCAUUCUCAGUCUUAAACGUGAAAUUGGUGCCCUGCAAGUGGAAAAUGAACAUCUCCGCUCCUCGCUCAAUUUACAGACGGAGUCCAGUGAGAUCAACGGCCAGCUGGACUUCUUUGAAAGGAGGCCAGUUCCACGAACUCCACCAAAGAUAGAUCUGGAUAGAUUGACCGAUAUGGAAGGAAACGAACUGAAGGAACUUGUUAAACUGUACAUGUUGGAAAACCAGGCACUACGGCAGGAGAACUCUGAGCUAUACAGCACUCGUGAGAUGAUCAUACGUGAUCAGGAAGUUGUAUGUCGAGAAAAUGAAAGACUUUUGAAGAAAUUAGAGGAUGUCAACUCGGUUUGUUGUCGAUCACCGAUUAUUCCAGCGCGACCAACUUUCUCAGCGGAAAUGCUAAACUUAUCGGCAAAUGGAGAGGAUAGUUCCAAUGUAUGGCAGAAUGCUCUAAGUGUCAGUAGUGAUAGCACCGGGAGUUUUACAAAAACUAAGACCGAUUCAUUGGACGGACGUGUUUCAGCCAAUGAAAAUAAAAUUCCGGAACUACUACAAAAAGAAUUAGAUAAACGAAGAAUUGGCGAUAGUAUUACAACCAUUGCAAACAACCUCAGGCGACAUAAUUCAUGGGAGAACAAUCGAGCUCAAAUUGUUAAACGUGGCUCACGGAAAGGAUCGGCAGACAGUAGGCAUUCAGAUCAGUCACAAACAAGGACAUCGCAAAGUCGUAUUAUAGACAUAAAAUCUUUUGCAUAUCCAUACUCAUCCGGUGAUGGCAUCGGAUCAUCCUGGUCACUUACACCCAGGAGACCGAGUAGUAGCAUUAGUACCAUAACGAUUACACCGUCGUCAAAACAAAAACAGAACAGUUUUCGGACCAAAAGUCGCUCUACUGACGAAAGCUUACCAGCUAUAAAACGUGACAUCUUUGGUAGCCUUGUGUCACUCAAUGCAGCCGAAGGCACAAACUGAAAUGCAUGAUCAGUUAAAAUAUAAACUUGGUUUCGUUGGUCUUGAUGCAGAGUGUGCAAUGGUGGAAAUCAAACAGGGAUAUGAGCUCGGGAUUAAUAAAUUGUUGUUGGUAGAGUGAGCGUUUGUAUAUGAUAGUAUGAUACAAAGUAGCUAAGAGAAUGAGAUUGUAAAAUAAAUUUGAAGCAUUACAAAGCAAAACGUUUUUGCAUUACGGUUCUAUAAUUCAUUCCGUGUAAGGGCAUGUUCAGGAGCGUUCCAGUUCUA